GAUUGAGGAAAAAAAAAACGAUCACGAAUAUGGCGAAAGCAAGCUCUAUUCUACUUGGCACUCUCUUCCUCUUCGGAGCCAUAGCUUUGAUUCAGGCAAAAGAAGAUCUGAAGGAAAUUACUAACAAGGUUUACUUCGAUGUAGAAAUCGACGGCAAAUCCGCUGGUCGCGUUGUUAUAGGCUUAUUUGGCAAGGCAGUUCCUAAAACUGCAGAAAACUUCAGAGCUUUGUGCACAGGGGAGAAAGGUGUUGGGAAGAGUGGGAAACCUCUACACUACAAGGGAAGCAAGUUCCAUAGAAUCAUUCCCAGCUUUAUGAUCCAGGGAGGGGACUUCACACAUGGGAACGGUAUGGGUGGAGAAUCAAUCUACGGUCAGAAGUUUGCAGAUGAAAAUUUCAAGCUGAAGCACACCGGACCAGGUUUGCUUUCGAUGGCGAACUCGGGAGAAGACACAAAUGGUUCGCAGUUUUUUAUCACAACUGUGACAACAAGCUGGUUAGAUGGAAGGCAUGUGGUGUUUGGGAAAGUGGUUCAAGGAAUGGAUGUAGUUUAUAAGAUUGAAGCGGAAGGAAAGCAAAGCGGAACUCCUAAGAGCAAAGUCGUAAUUGCAGACAGUGGAGAACUUCCUCUCUAAACCGUAAACCCUUCCUUCUUCAGAAGAAUAUGAUUUUAAAGUUACUCUUACGAGUUAGUUAUAAUCUAAACACGUCCCACAUCCUACAAGAACAGAAUCACUUUCAGUCUCAAAUGUUGUUUUGUUUUAUCAAUAAAUUAUGAAAAUUUGG